UUCAAUCAGCACAGUCUGCAUCAUGGCUCUUAGUAGGAUGGUCGCUUCGCGGUGUCUGCUGCUCAGGAACAGUUCGGUUGUUCUGGGCGCCCUCGGUUCUAACUCCGGUUCAGGGGCGGUAUUCAACGAGUGUUCGAAACAGGUGCGAUGGAUCAGUGCCAGCUCCAGAGCCGGUGAGAAGCUGGCCCUGGCCAAAGCCGAAGUCAAAGGGGUCCAGAAGCACGACUGGAAUCGAGCCGUUAGCGAGGCGGAACAGAUCGUUGGCUAUCCGACGUCGUUUUUGAAUCUACGGUUUUUGCUCAGUGACGAAAUUGCCAAUGUGGCAUUGCAUCUACGAAAACUGAUUGGAAGCAAUCAUCCGUUGCUCAAGUCCGCCAAGUCACUCAUCUACAACGACAAAAGCCAGCAGGCAUGGGGGCUGAUCAUACUGCUGAUCUCCAAGACGGCUGGACAUACGGCCUCCGUUCCAGAAAUGGAUCACGAUCGGAGCGUAGGCGUACUGCACUCACAGCGUGCUUUGGCCGAGGUCACGGAAAUGAUCCGCAGCUCCCAGUUGAUCCACCAGGGCGUGAUCAAUCUGCAAUCGAUGGACAAUGCCGGUAACAACUUGAGCGGUGACAGCGACAUGGUUUUCGGGAACAAGAUCGCUUUGCUGGGAGGUGAUUAUCUGUUGGCCCAUGCCAGUAAGCAGAUCGCUUCGUUAAGAAACCAAGAUUUGAACAUGCUGAUGACAUCGGCCUACCGAGACUUGGCGGAAUCUGCCUUCAUCGGCGAGAGUGACGAUCAGAACAAUCCACUGCCUUCGAAACCGGAAACUCCUGCCGGUAUGAAUUCCCAUGAAUGCACACUGGAAGAAUUGGACUUCGGAGAUGUCCGAGAUAACAUGGAGCCGAUGCGAAUAGAAGGAGUAAUGGGACACCCGGAGAAGGAAUGGUCCCUCAGACAUGUUCUCGGCGGAGGAAGUCUUCUUGGCAAAAGUUGCCACGGAGCUCUGAUGCUGGCCGGGCACCCCGACGAACUCCAGAAACAGGGCUACCUCUUCGGUAAGCACAUGUCUCUGGCUUGGCAAGCUUCGAUCGAGUUACAACCGUUCCUGCUCAAUCAACUACCUCUAGGUGCCACGUUUAGUUUGGUUUCGGCACCGGUUCUGUUCCACUUGGAGUACGAUCCAAGCGUUUACGAACUCAUCGAACCGGGCAAGAACUCGAUCGAAGACGUGGACUACUCAGCCCUACAUCGGGAGAUCAUUCGCGGUCCCGGCCUGGAAAAGACCCGGAACCUCCAGAAGAAGCACAGUCUGGCCGCGAUGAACGUCCUGGACCGGUUUCCAACAACCGAUGCCCAGACUGCACUGCAGAAUAUCAUUCUGGCGAUGCAACAGCUGUAAAAUGCAACACUAGUUAAGAAUUCAACUUCUGAUUUAUGUAUCUGUUUGUGAUUAUGCAAAUUGUGCAUUGUAGUCCGUAAGCUUUUGGCAUUUCAGUCGACUAAAUUUGUUAGGAAUUUUGAUGUAUAUGUAUAUUUUUUGUAUCAAUAAAUAAACCAACAUACUAAUUUUCAUUAAAAUUUCA